CCAUCAAUCCGCCAUUACAACCAAAUUUUUGUUUUGUGUACAGGUGUUAGUAUGUGUUCGCUUCAGAAUCGUUCGAAAACGUGAAUAUAUUCGUAUUUGGACAACCUCUUUGUGCAUCGGCUCAAGCUGGACUAUCAGGGGGGCAUCAUGCUUCGCCAAGACGGCCUUGUUCAGAGAAAGAAUGUUAAUUCGAACCCGGAGAGCAAGGCUAAAGACGUGGAUGACACCAACCGACAAGAAAGCGAGGAUGAUGUCGACUCCAAAGAAACCCGUCUGACAUUGAUGGAAGAAGUUCUACUGUUAGGACUAAAAGAGAAAGAGGGCUACACAUCAUUCUGGAAUGACUGCAUCUCAUCGGGCCUACGAGGCUGCAUAUUGGUGGAGCUGGCAAUCCGAGGCCGCAUCGAGCUGGAGCGCGGCGGUGUCCGCAGGCGCUCGCUUCUCUUGCGCAAGGUUGUGGUUCGCUCAGAUGCUCCGACCGGAGACGUGCUUCUGGACGAAGCCCUGCGCCACAUCAGGGACACGCGACCUCCUGAGACCCUUCAAUCCUGGAUCGACUAUCUUAGCGGCGAAACAUGGAACCCGCUGAAGUUGCGCUACCAGCUACGCAACGUCCGCGAGCGGCUCGCCAAGAAUCUGGUCGAAAAGGGCGUCCUCACCACGGAGAAGCAGAACUUCCUCCUCUUCGACAUGACCACCCAUCCACUCGUGGACGCCACCUCCAAGUCCAAGCUGGUGCGGCGUGUCCAGGACGCCGUGCUGGGGCGCUGGGUCAACGACCCGCACCGCAUGGAUCGCCGAAUUCUAGCCCUGCUCGUCCUAGCCCACGCCUCGGAUGUCCUGGAAAACGCCUUUGCACCCCUCUCGGACGACGAUUACGAGCUGGCCAUGCGGCGCGUCCGCGAGCUCCUCGAUCUCGACAUGGAGAUGGAGGCCACCAAGCCCAACGCUAACGAAGUGCUCUGGGGAGUUUUUGCUGCCUUUGUGAAGUGACGGGAGAGACGGGAACGGAAGGACGGAGGGACUGGAGUUUCAGCUGGGUUCUGGACCACAGGAAAUGCAGAAUGUUUGGGUCGAGGAGCAACUGGUGGCACAAAUUGGCGUUUGCAUCGAAGCUUCUGUGGACGCAGUGUGAAGAGAGGACUGAAAAACUUUGGGCAUCCAUUUCGCUUUAUUCCUAUCCUGUACUACUGCUGUUGUCUUGCGACGGAAGUGUUUGUUUCUUACUUGAGCACCGCAGUGAUGCUGAAAAUAUUGAGGCAACAAUUUCCUUUUUUUUUUUUUUUUUCAGUUUGUACUCUUUUGAUAUGUGUAGUAAAUGUAGUCGGACAACCUAACUGAUCGGAACAAACUGCCUGUCUCAGCUGGCAUCGAUAGCAGAUUUCAAUUUAUCUAGUCUUGGAACAAAAUCUGUGGGCAACAUGUUCCUACAGCUGGGUUAAUGAUUAAUUUGGUGGUUUUGUCGGCUUUUCAUUUUUAUUGUGCACAGCUUCAAUUCAACAGCACAGGCCAUGGAAAGUGCACAACGACAAGCAAGCUCAAGAAAGUACUUCAGUAUUCCACAGAAAGCUUUGCUAGUUGUAGGCAUGCAUAUUCAAGUGCGAGACUGGUGCGCUUUGCAUCUUGUUAUUGAGCCUCGCUUGUAAAUAAAGUCUUGCCGUUUAUUUAUUUUUU